AUGGGAGGUUGCCUAAGCCGAUCGCAUGCCGAUGACUCCUUUCCAACAAAAGCCAGAGGCCAGCACAGCAACUACAGUGCACCAGAAAAACCAUCUGUAAGACUAGAUCAGCCAGGCGCAGAAGGCAAGGAGGUUUCGCACACCCCAGCGCAGCGAUCAAAGUCACGAGAAGGAUCGGAACACGGCGCGAUUCGAGCAGCGCGAUCGCGAGACAACUCGGAGCACGGGUCUUCAAAAGUGAAGCCGGAGCUGCCAGUAGAUGGCGUGCAUUUGCCGGGCAAGAAAGAAAAUUCCGAGUUCCUGCCCGGAUCGCGACCCGGCAGCAACGACUGGGACCGCAACAACCAGCCGUUGGAUCUUUCCGAGAUCACCGGCAGAAGCACGGCCGACGAUGAUGACGUUUCACCCAAGAAUGGCCUCAAGCAGAUGCUUCAAGAAGUGCGAUCCAGCGACCAUGCGCGCGUCGCAGCGGUCGCAGGCGACGGGAGCAUGGGAAUGGGGUUCGGGCAGCGAGGUGGUAACCCGAUGUUCGCGCAGAUGAACAGCAGCACGCACGGCGUGGGAGCCGGGGGAAUGGCGGGGGCGACGUCGAUGCACGGCGGAGUGGCGGCCAUGGGGAGCUCGUCCAUGCACGCGGGGUUCAUGGCGUCCGGCUCCAUGCACGGUGGCGGCACGGGACGCGCGUCCGCUGUCGCCAUGCGUGCCAUGCAGGCGGCGAAGCUGCGAGCGUCCAAGACGGCGCUGGAGCGACACAACGUGCAGAUCGUGGGCACCGGCUCUGAACUCCUCGUGCUCUCACACGGUUUCGGGCAAAAUAAAAAUAUAUGGAGCAGCAUAGUGGGGCAGCUGGACACGAGUGUGUACCGCAUUGUGCUCUACGACCUCACCGGCGCGCUCGGCACGGACUACGAUGCCUUUGACUAUCAGCGCUACAGCACGCUGCACGGCUUUGCAGAGGACCUGCUGCAGCUGCUGGCAGAGCUGGGCGUCGAGGGCACGGACUGGGGGCAUCAGUGCACGUUCAUAGGGCACCAGCAGAGCGGCAUGAUGGGGCUGCUCGCCUCCCUCGAACGCCCGAGAGUGUUCAAGCGCAUCAUUAUCAUGGGCUCCUCGCCCAGGUUGUUGGAUGCUCCGGGCUACGAGGGGGGCUUUGCUCUGAACGACCUGGACCAGGUGUUUGGCAUCAUGCAAGGCAACUUCAAGAUGUGGAGCAGAGGGUGUGCGCCCGUGCUCACAGCAGAAGAUGUGAAGGCGCCUCACGUGCGCGACUUCACCCGCCCGCUCUUCCUGCUGCGCCCUGACAUCGGCUUCAGCAACCUCAAGACCGCCUUUGCAUGCGACGUGCGAGACAUCCUCCCACGGGUGUCAGUGCAGAUCCAUCUUCUCUUUUUCGACCAGGACUCAACCGUGCCCCAGUCAGUGAUACAGUACAUGCUCACCACCAUCCCCAACGCCUUUGCCGAAAUCCUCUCUACAACCGGCUUCGCUGACUCGCCUACAACCGUUGCUGCGGGCAUCCAACGGCAUCUCAGCAUGCCGAUCCGAGAAACGUUUGGGCUGUCGAGUCGGCGGAUCUUCAAUGCGCGGUACCUACCACCGCCUAUGCCUGAAAUGGAGGAGGAUGCUCAAGAGAUGGAGGUGGAAAUAAUAUAG